AUAUUCCGUCCCUCCAUUCACAAGCGUAAAAGAGUGAUAAAGAAGAAUGGCUGCCCUGUCUUGCAAACAACGACUUAAGUACUCUGUGGUGAAAUGGUCAAGUUAUUCCUACAAUUAUGUCCCAGAAAACAUAUGUCAUGACAAACCAGGCGACCAGACUUCAAGAUGGUCCUCAGAUUCCAACAACCCUCCUCAGUAUUUGGUGCUCAAACUGGAAAGACCAGCGAUUGUGGAAACUGUAUCAUUUGGCAAAUAUGAGAAAACUCAUGUGUGCAAUCUCAAGAAGUUCAAGAUCCAUGGAGGACUCACUGAAGAUCAUAUGAUUGAAAUCUUAGACAGUGGCUUGAAGAAUGAUCACACACCAGAAUGUUUCAGUCUUCGACAUGAAAUUGAUGGCAAUCAUUUCCCCUGCAGAUAUAUCAAAAUAGUCCCAAUUCAGGCCUGGGGCCCGAGUUUUAACUUCAGUAUUUGGUAUGUUGAACUUUACGGACGUGAUGAUUGGGAUGCUGUGAAACCUUGCAUGAACUGGUAUAAUACAUAUCGGGAACGAGAGGCAAUACGAUUGUGUUUGAAGCACUUCCGACAGAGGAGGUACAUAGGGGCAUAUGAAGCUCUGCAGAAGAAGACGAAGAUUGUUCUGGAACACCCAAUACUUACAGAGUUACAUCACUCUCUGGUUAUGAAAGGAGAUUUUGAUGCUUGUGAAAAGUUAGUUACAAAGGCAUGUGAAGAGGGACUAUUUGACCAGUAUAUCAGUCAGCAAGAUUAUAAACCAAGGUGGACAGCAAUUCAGCCAGUCAGCAAAAAUAACGAUACCAACUCCGUGUUUCGUCCAGGGAUGCGAGGGGGACAUCAGAUGUGUAUAGAUGUACACACAGAAACAAUAUACUUGUUUGGGGGUUGGGAUGGCAAUCAUGACCUAGCUGACCUCUGGGCCUACAAUGUCCCCACCAGACAGUGGACGUGUGUGUCGAAAAACACAGAGGAAGAGGGAGGUCCAAGUGCCCGGUCGUGUCACAAAAUGUGUCUGGAUCAUGAAAGGAAGCAGAUCUUUACACUCGGGAGAUACUUAGAUGCUUCCAUGAGGUCACAAGAUAAUUUGAAAUGUGACUUCUACAUGUAUGAUGUGGGGUCAGGUCGGUGGACGGAAAUCACGGAAGACACUGCAGCAAUGGGGGGGCCGCGUCUCAUUUUCGACCAUCAGAUGGUCAUUGAUGUUGAGAAGCAAACUAUUUAUGUUUUUGGAGGCCGGGUACUUACAAGUGCAAAUGAGAAUGAGCGAGGUCAUGAGCCAGUAUUUAGCGGCCUGUUUGGCUAUCAUAUACCCACCAAUACCUGGUCCAGUCUCAUCGAGGACAGUCCAGAGCUCCGGUCAAGGAUUGGUCACUCAAUGCUGUUUCAUCCAAUCCGCAGAGUGUUGUACAUAUUUGCUGGUCAGCGAGCACGAGAGUAUUUAAACGACUUUCUAACAUACAGUGUGGACACAGGUUUGGUGGAGACUAUAUCGGAUGGCACAAAGAGGGAUGGCUGUCAAGCAGUUUUGUCUUCCUCAGGUUUCACACAGAGGGCAACACUCGACCCGGAAUUAAAUGAAAUCCAUGUGUUGUCGGGACUCAGUCGAGAUAAGGAAAAACGAGAUAAUGUCAAAAACUCAUUUUGGGUGUAUGACAUUGGGAAAAACAAAUGGUCAUGCAUCUACAAAAAUGAAAACACAGGGCAACAGUACUGGAUCAAACAGCAGCAUGUGGAACCAGUGCCGAGGUUCGCACAUCAGCUGGUGUAUGACCAUGUCAGGAAGGUCCACUACCUGUUUGGAGGCAAUCCAGGAAAAGACAGCUUACCGAAAAUGAGACUUGAUGAUUUUUGGUCACUGCAACUCUGUCGGCCCUCAGCGGAUCAUCUUCUACGUCGGUGUCGCUACCUCAUCAGGAAGUACCGCUUUAUGGAGCUGGCUGCAAGUGACCCUAAGAAUGCCAUGAUCUACCUUCAGAACGAACUGGCAAACACUGUCGACCAUGCAGAUACAGAGGAGACAAGGGAGUUUCAGCUGCUUGCCUCGUCCCUGUUCAACGAUGGUGCAGAGAAUGAACUCCUGGAAGAUUCCGAUGUGAAUGAACAUUUUCAAAGUCGGACAGAUCUGUUUGAUUUGCUGGUGAAUUACUUCCCUGAUCACAUGACGCAGCCUAAAGGAAACCUCGUGGAUUUGAUACCGCUCGACUAAAAUCGGCCUGGAUAUGUUCGACUGAGAGUUGCUCAACCGUCAUGAGUCGCUUCCCCUGCGCAAUACAAUGGGCUUUCAUGUAUAGAUUUGUACUAGCACAUGCUCUGAUGGAAGUGUGUGUUUGAGGAUGUGUCUGUGUAAUUGUGACUGAGAAGAUGCAAAUAUGUUGAUAAAAUCAGGAAUUGCAUGUCACAGUUACUUUCAAGACUUUUUAGUAGAUCUUGGUGCAGUAUUUAUGAAUCUUACAGACAGAUCUGGUUUGGAAAAGAAUUAUCUUUA